GGCGGGGCCACAGGGCGGUUGGGAGGCGGCCGCGUGCAGGACCCCGCCCCCGCCCCCGACCCGCCGGCUAUGGCGCCGCGUCGCCGCCGCCACCCUCGGGGCCGCGAGCCCGAGCCCGAGCCGGGCGAGCUCCGCCUGGGGCCUAGGGAGGGGAGCCCGGAGCGGCCGGCAUCCAGUAAGAUCUUACCAGCCUUUCCAACGCCUGAUUACUCCUCUGAUGUAGAGCCAGACACGAGAGAGAUGGUACGAGCACAGAACAAAAAGAAGAAGAAAUCUGGGGGCUUCCAGUCUAUGGGUUUGAGUUAUCCUGUAUUCAAAGGAGUCAUGAAGAAAGGCUACAAAGUGCCUACGCCAAUCCAGCGGAGGACUAUCCCUGUGAUCCUGGAUGGGAAAGACAUGGUGGCCAUGGCAAGGACUGGCAGUGGGAAGACGGCUUGUUUCCUCAUCCCCAUGUUUGAGAAGCUGAAGGCGCACAGUGCCCAGACAGGAGCACGAGCCCUCAUCCUCUCGCCAACCCGCGAGCUUGCCUUGCAGACUAUGAAAUUCACCAAGGAGCUGGGCAAGUUCACAGGCCUGAAGACUGCAUUGAUUCUGGGAGGAGAGAGGAUGGAAGACCAAUUUGCAGCUCUGCAUGAGAACCCUGAUAUAAUUAUUGGCACCCCCGGGCGCCUGAUGCACGUGGCUGUGGAAAUGAAUCUGAAGCUGCACAGUGUGGAGUACGUGGUGUUUGACGAAGCUGACAGGCUCUUUGAGAUGGGGUUUGCGGAGCAGCUGCAGGAGAUCAUCGCCCGACUCCCUGAGAGCCGCCAGACCCUGCUUUUCUCUGCAACGCUCCCCAAACUGCUCGUGGAGUUUGCUCGGGCCGGUCUCACUGAGCCAGUCUUGAUCCGCUUGGACGUGGAGACAAAACUCAGUGAGCAGCUCAAGCUGGCCUUCUUUCAUGUGCGUGCGGAUGACAAGCCGGCCGUGCUGCUGCACCUGCUGAGGAGCGUGGUGAGGCCUCAGGACCAGACAGUCGUCUUCGUGGCCACCAAGCACCAUGCGGAGUACCUCAAGGAGUUGCUGACGGCGCAGGGAGUGAACUGCACCCAUAUCUACAGCUCCCUGGACCAGGCGGCCCGGAAAAUCAACAUCGCCAAGUUCGUGCACGGCCAGUGUGCAGUGCUGAUUGUUACUGAUGUGGCUGCCCGUGGCAUCGACAUCCCCAUGCUGGACAAUGUCAUCAACUACAGCUUCCCUGCGAAGCCCAAGCUGUUCCUCCACCGUGUCGGCCGUGUGGCCCGUGCUGGCCGCAGUGGCAUCGCCUACUCCCUGGUGGCAUCAGAUGAGACCCCAUAUGUCUUUGACUUGCACCUGUUCCUGGGGCGCUCGCUUACCCUCGCCAGCCCCCACGAGAAACCCUCAGACGGAGAAGGGGUGUUUGGCAGAGUCCCCCAGAGCGUCAUCGACGACGAGGAGUGUCUGCUGUUCACUGACCACGAGAGCUCGCUGGACCUGCAGAGUCUGCGCAGGGUGUCGGAGAACGCACACAAGCAGUACCUGAAGUCCCGGCCUGGUCCCUCGCCCGAAUCUGUCAAGAGGGUGAAGGAGCUGGACUUCUCCCUGCUGGGCAUCCACCCGCUCUUCAGUUCUUGCUUUGGGGAGGAUGAGCUGGAGAGACUGAAGUUCGUGGACAACAUUAAAACCUACAGAUCCAAAGCAACCAUCUUUGAGAUCAACGCCACCAACAAAACCCUGGCCAGUGAUGUGAUGCGAGCCAAGCGGAGCCGCGACCGCAGCCUUAUCGACAAGUACCAGAGGGGGCAGCAGGAGAGACGGGCUGGGGCUGCGCUGGGAGGCCAGGACCCAGCAGUCCCUGCCCCUGAGGAGGAGGAAGCAAACCUCCAGGAAGUGUUCGCUGCUGUGGUGGGCAGGAAGCGGAAGCAGCACCAGGUGGGAGAGGGCGUCGGGAAGAAGCAGCGUUAUGAGGUGCAGCGGGACGAGGAGUUCUACAUUCCCUACCGGCCCAAGGACUUAGAGAGCGAGCGGGGGCUGAGCAUUGGUGGGGAAGGCAGCACAUUUGAGCUGCAGGCUUCUGGCGCCAUGCUCGACCUCCUGGGGGACGAGACCCACAACAUGAGCAAGACCAAGCAGCUGCUCAAGUGGGACCGCAAGAAGAAGCGGUUCGUGGGGAAAACUGGCCAAGAGGACAAGAAGAAAAUCUGCACAGAGAGUGGCAGGUACAUCAGCGGCUCCUACAAGAACAACCUCUAUGAGAAGUGGAAGAAGAAAUACAAAGUUGCGGAGUGUGACUCCGAGGAGGAGGCGGGGGGCGAGCCGAGAGGCGGGACGCACCGUAGGGGCAGAGGAGGCAGGCGGCUGGCGCCCUCCCCAGGGAAGCGCAGCUCCCAGCAGGGGAAGGUGCACUCGGAGCUGAAGAGCAAGCAGCAGAUCCUGAAGCAGAGGAAGAGGGUGGCCAAGCAGAACUUUCUGCAGAAGGGCGGCCUGAAGCGGCUGAAAGGCAAGAACCGGCAGCGGGUGCAGGAGCUGCGCAGGACGGCAUUCGGCCGUGGUGCUGCCAAGAAGGGUAAAAUGAGGAAAAGGAUGUAGAGAAUGGAGCGUGGGAGAGCAGCAGGCCUGAUCUGAGCAAAGGACUGAUUCCGAGCCAUCUUCCCUUGCUGGGGGGUGAGCUGCCCUGUGCAAACUCUGGCCUGGGCAGGAGCCAUUAAAUGAUGUUGUGGUCGGUAUUUAGUUUCUGUUAGUUGUUUGUGUCAAAUGCAGCAGAGGGGAGCCGAGAGAGGAGUUCCUGUUGCCUUGACCAGCUAACUCUCUUUCGAGAGUGCAGGAAAACCGGUCGGGGGGGUGGGGGGGGAAACCACAGCUGUGCUAGCCUGCACCACUGGUCCUAGUCUGGACUGGUUUUCACCACCUACUCACUCCUUCUCCCAAAGGAUGUUCCUGACAUUGCAUGAGGUUGCUUUUAAAAGCAGUUUUUGAUCAUAGCACCUCCCCCCCGCCAGGCAGCAGCAACACCUUGCUGGUCCCUGAUUGCAUUUGUUUCUGCAGAGCCCCCUCUCCCGGCAGUCUAAGCUAGACCAUGCAUGAAUUUGACCUCAGUGCCCCCUUGUGAAGAAAGGUAACAACAGAGGGGGGUUUCAGAGAAGAGCACUCACUUUUCAGGCCUGGCUGCAAAAUGGUAUUUAUGUAAUAUAAGCUAUCGGUCUCAGAGCGCAUUGCAAAGGAAGUCAGUAUUGUCCCCAUUUUACAGAUGGGGAAACUGAGGCACAGGGGGUGACUUGCCCAAAAUCACCCAGCAGGCCAAUGGCAGAGCCAGGACUAAAGCCCAGUCUGAGUCCCAAUCCUUUGUGCUGUCUGAUCAUUGCUGUCCAGCUGUAUUCCCCUGGUAAUUCCAUUUCUCUGCCUCAAGCCAGCCAGAUUCUUAGUCUCAGGGCUUAGCUCCUUAUGUUAUACAGACAAAACCACACAGGUUUGUUUCAGGGGACAAGAUGUCACAUUUAAACAAUUUGAUUUAUGACCAAUAACUAAUAUCUAAUACCUAUGUAGCCACACACACAAAUGUUCUGCAGCUGCUGUAUAGUUACCAGUCCUGAAUGUAGCUGGAGUUCAUAGCUCGUGGCAGCUAACUGGCCAGGAAAACCAGGCACAAAGAAGGGCUGGGGCUCUGUUAGGCAGGCACUGAUGCCCUUCCAUGUUGGCAGCAGAAUGUUACCCUCCAAAGUCUUCCAUCUCAUCCAUCCUUUUUGUAGGCUUUAGUUUGAAUCCAGUCUAUAGGUCUUGCUGUGUCAAGCUGCCCCUGGGUUCGGUGUGAUUGAUCACCCGUCAAUUGCAGACAUGACUUUCAGCCUAGGACCUGGCUUUUAUGUUUCCUCAAUUGUACUUUUGUUCUUUUCUUUUGAGGGUGGACUCCUCUUACUUUGUCAGGGCUGUCGUAUGCAUCUUCAGCCAUUGGGUGUUUACACUUUAUUUUAUCAGAACAGGCUGGGGCUGAAGGUUGAUUCCAUCAUCCAUACAUUCCUCAUUCACACAUCUAAACUAGUAAGAUUACAGCAGGGUUUUGCAAAACAGAGUGAACAUUUUAAAAUGGAGUUUGAGUUACAAUAUGGACAAGUGUAAGGAAUGGCAAACAGUGAGCUGAAGUUACAAUGUUGCAUUGAUCAGUUCUACACUUACACAGCUGGGGGUACUCUCCUGCGUCUUCAGCUAUGUGACCAUGGGGGGAGCAGUAAGUGUCCUCAGCUCCCUGUUGCCUGUCACUCCAUCUCCUCCUAACUAUGUCAGUUGUGUGGGAGGCGGUGCUCGAUCAAGAGAUGAUUAGAAGGUGGAUUUUCUGAUAAAGAGCCCUCAAAACUGUUGUUGAGAACCUGCACAUGUGCUUUUCUCCUCUGACAAUACCAUCUGUGCAAGGUCUUUUGCUCUUGGCACAUAAAAAGAUGGAGGGAUGUCCCCAAAGGAAAAUGAAUAGAGGUGCAAUCAUAGAAUAUCAGGGUUGGAAGAGACCUCAGGAGGUCAUCUAGUCCAAACUCAAGCUCAAAGCAGGACCAAUCCCCAGUUUUUGCCCCAGAUCCCUAAAUGGCCCCCUCAAGGAUUGAGCUCACAACCCUGGCUUUAGCAGGCCAAUGCUGAAACCACUGAGUUAUCUGUCCUGUCCCAGCCCAUCCUCCUUCCCCUCUCUCCCCCCCGAGGGCAAUGGGCAGCCAUACCAUGGCGAGUACAAACUGGGGCAUUUAAAGAUACUUCUGCAAUCCAGUGUCACCUAUAACAGUGCAGAUGGCCAGAGGCAGCAUGUGCAGGCCCUGAGCCAGCCACCUGCAGUGAGGAAACUUCACUUGCUUUAGACUUUAAAUGCUUCCUGGGUCCCCUCAGAUGGUCUCUCCUGCUCAGGGCUGUGUGGCAGUAUGCAAAGGGGGGAAAUUGAGCCGUUUGACUUGCUUUUAAAAUGGGGCCUUACUGUUUUUUCAGCCUAAAUUGAACUAAGCUUUGUAUCAAAAGUCAAUGUAAAUAAUGGCCCACACUUUUUUUACUCCAAUAAAUUAUUUUUUCUAUUGUC